AUGCUUGAGGAGGUUGUCAUCUCUACUUCUGAGUUUUUAAUUCUCGGAGAUUUUAAUUUCCACAUUGAUGACAAGAACGACAUUCAUACGAAACAGUUUUUGGACAUAAUUGAAUUGUUUAACUGUAAACAAUUGGUAACUCAGGCCACGCAUGUAUACGGACAUAUAUUGGAUCUGGUUAUAGUACGUGAUGAUCUUGAAGAUUCAUUUCUUAAUGAUUUGUGUGUUGUUGAUCAUGCAAUAUCUGAUCGUUCGGUGAUCAAUUUUUGUCUGAACUUGACCAAACCACCGCGUCGCAAGAAAGUCAUUGUCAUCGACUUCAAAUCUUAUGUGUGA